ACAACAGCGAGUACUAGAAAUGUCCCCACCCCUCUAGACACUUCUCCAAGGGACGGCGAUGGCCAUUGCCAGUAGCAAAGUAUGCUUAAAUGCUGACCUUUUUCUGGAUACUUCUCCCCCCUUCCUGAAUCCCCUCACCAGUCACCAUCUUCCCCACUAUAAAUACAUAUCAAUGCUCUCCGUCUCAUCUCACCACAUCACUACAGAAUUCGAUCAAGCUCUCUCUCUCUCUCUCUCUCUCUCUCUCUCAACCAAAGCCACAUUUCCAAAACCAACUUGAUUUACCUCUCUGUGUCUGUAAACCCCAUUUCCCGACAAUGUCGCUUAUUCCGAGCUUCUUCGGCAACCGACGCACCAACGUUUUCGACCCGUUCUCUCUUGACAUAUGGGACCCAUUCCAGGAUUUCCCUUUCCCCACCGCCACCACCACCACUGCCCUCUCCGUCCCACGCUCUGAAUUUGCCGCCGACACAGCGGCGUUCGCUAACACCCAUAUCGAUUGGAAGGAGACCCCAGAGGCCCAUGUGUUCAAAGCGGACCUUCCGGGGCUGAAGAAGGAGGAGGUGAAGGUGGAGGUGGAGGAAGGCAGGGUGUUGCAGAUUAGUGGAGAGAGGAACAAAGAGAAGGAAGCUAAGAAUGACACAUGGCACCGCGUUGAGCGGAGCUCGGGCAAGUUCCUUCGCCGGUUCCGGCUGCCGGAGAAUGCCAAGGUGGAUCAGGUUAAGGCUAAUAUGGAGAAUGGAGUUCUGACUGUGACCGUGCCUAAGGAGGAGAUUAAGAAACCUGAUGUCAAAGCAAUUGAUAUAUCUGGUUGAAGGAAGUAUUCAAGGAACAAUUUUCAUGGCAUUAUCCUAUCAAAGUAAAAGAUGUUACUCCUGAAGUACCUAUUUAUGUAUCCGCGUGUGUUUUGAUAUAUGGUGAACUGAGUUUCCUUUGUGAACUGUUUUUCCUUCAUUUUGUCUGGUAAUGUACUAGUAAUUAUGUC